AGCAGCAUGACACAGAAAGACGCAUUACUAGAGGCGCCCCCUGUCGACGCGGCGACGCCCGGCCGCGCCGGCAUCCUGGCGGCGGUGUGCGGCGGCGGCGGAGCAGGGAAGCCUGGGGGCCGCUGCAGCAAGGCCCGGCUGCUGCCUCUCUUCGGCCUCCUCCUCUUCGUCGGCUGCUUCCUGACGCUGCGCGCGAUGCAGUCGUACGCCGGCGCGUGCCGCCCCGCCGCCGCCACCGCCGCCGCGGGCGGCGCCGCCACGCUCGGCUCGAUCGACGAGAUGCGUGAGCGCAUCCGCUUCCGCGGCACGAACCGCCGCCUGCCGUCCUGCAUCAUCAUCGGCGUGCGCAAGUGCGGCACGCGCGCGCUCCUCGAGUUCAUGAACAUGCAUCCGAAGGUGCAGGCGGCGCACGGCGAGGUGCACUUCUUCGACAGCGAGCGCUACGCGUACGGUCUCGAGUGGUACCGCAAGCGCAUGCCGUACUCGUUCCCGGGCCAGGUGACCGUCGAGAAGUCGCCGGCGUACUUCAUCACGGACGGCGUGCCGGAGCGCGUGCGCGCGAUGAACAACGCGACGCGACUCAUCGUCGUCGUGCGCGACCCGGUCGACCGCGCCGUCUCCGACUACGCGCAGAUCCACGCCAACCGGCUCGCCAAGGGCAAGCCGCACGCGACCUUCGAGGCGUACGCCGUCAACGACUACGGCGAGGUGAACACGUCGUACAAGGCGAUCCGCAUCGGCGUCUACCACCGGCACCUGCAGCGUUGGCUCGACGUGUUCCCGCGCACGCAGAUGCACGUCGUCGACGGCGACCGCCUCGUCGUCGACCCGGCGUCCGAGCUGACGCGCAUCGAGGCGUUCCUCGGACUCGAGCCGCUCAUACACGCCGACAACUUCUACUUCAACGCGACGAAGGGCUUCUUCUGCCUGCGGCACGACGCGACCGAGCGCUGCCUCACGGACACGAAGGGCCGCAAGCAUCCGGCGAUCAACCCGCGCGUGCUGCAGAAACUCGAAGACUACUACCGGCCGUUCAACCUCAAGUUUUACGAGCAGGUCGGCCGCGACUUCAACUGGCGGUGAGGAUCCGGCUCCCUCCCCACCGCGUCUGCGCGCGCAAAGACGAGGAUGCUGAGGGAUGCUGGCGGGGAGCGUCGGCGUCGGCGCGGCGACGGAUGCUUCGUUUUCGUCUGUGGCGGAGGGCUUCGCGGGGAUGCUGAGGAUGCGUUGCCGGGGUGACCGCUUCGAUGCGGGGAUGCUGCGCGUGACUUUGGCUGCGGCGUAUCGUAGGGCUUCUGUGAGGAGUGGUGCGCCAGCGGGACGAGCGUGUGUACCUACGCGGCGGCGGCGACGAGGAACGAGACUCGAUCGCAGGUUCGCCGACGCGGCGACGGGAUGCUUGUAAAUGAAUCGACCGGCGUGAACGAUGGGUGAGGUGGUGAGACGAAUCCUCGCGAGGUCGCGACACGGAGACGCCAUGUUUGCUCAAUGUCACAUCCAUCCGCUGCGCACGUGCACACGCAGCCUGUGCACAUCUGUCUGCUCCUCCUCUCCGCGCGCGCUCCCACCAACGCACCGGGAAGGAAGCUGCCGCAACUAACGUUUCCCCCCCUCCCCCGAACAAAACGAGCGUCGAGAAGGAGGCCAGCGCGUGGUCCGCAGCGGUGUGUUCGAGGCCGCCUCGGACGCCGGGACGUGCCAGAGCAAAGUUCGGUGACGUCGUCGCGCAUUUCGGUGACGUCACAGCGGAGUCUGAUGACAUCAUCGCCGAUUUCGUCACGGUGCGCUGACGUCGUCGCGGAUUUAGGCGACGUCACCGCGGCGUUUGGUGAUGUCGUCGCAGCCGCCGCUAUGAUCGGUGACUUACGAUGAGGUUGUGUCGUUCGGUCGUCGCCUCUCACUGACGCUCGCGAGAGACUGCCGAGAUGCGGGGAGAGCCCCAAUGAGUGUAAAUAACACGUGAUUGCCCCGCGACGCGCGCACUCGCGGCGGCCGACGUCCGGCGAAUCCGGUCCGCCAGAUGGCGCUCUGCUUGCGAUCGUUGGCGAGGGGUUCAGGCAAGCGUCGCUGUUUGUGUUGUAGCAAACGUAUAUGUUUAUACUGUAUAGCGAAGUGAGUUCUACAUUCUGUUUACUACUAACUAACGUAAGCCGCUGGCUGACACGCGCGCACGUUUGCAGUUGUUGUGUAGUGCUGCCAUCUAUCGGCUACAAUUGUAAGCCGCGUUUUUCGCGUUGACGUAUAAUCGGGUUAUUGUCUGGUUAGCGACACCUUGCUUUCGGCGGGAGCCGAGAGCUUUUUUGCCUCCUGUUGUUGUUGUUUUUUCGCGGGGAUUUUUGUCUUCGCUCUCUGAUAUCUGCGGAGCGACUAUAAUAGUAUUACGUAGCAGACGAAUCUGGUUGUAAUUAAGUCAUUUUUCGACGACGCCGACGACGACGACGCGCGCGGGUGUGUGUGUGUGUUAUACUUAAGUUAUUGUAUGUACGGUGUUUAUACGUCUGCUGCUGUUGGUGGCGAUGAUGACAUUUGAUGACGUGUACGGUUGUAAACGGGAUUUGUUUUACGCGGUUUACUUUAUUUUUGACGAUUACUUAGUUUACGUUUAUUUAUCCGAUGCUGUGUUGUUUUGCUGAAGGUAGUAGACUGACACCGUAAGUCGUUUGAGAAUCGCAGCCGCUGUUGUUCGCAUCGUUGGGUUCAGCCACGCGGAAUUUUGGAGUCAGUCUAUACUCUCUGGACAUCGUAGAGAUGGCGGGGGUAUGGGUGGUGUAUAUAGCUCAUGUUUAACCAUCUUCAGUCGUUACUAAGCCGAUGUUAUGGUUGUGUCGUAUUUAAUCGAUGUAGAGAAAUUUAAGAGCGUAUAUGCGCUUGUAAAUCGAGCUAUAAAUGCCAACUCUUAGCGACAGUCGCGGUUCACAUUUUGAAAUGACGAAGAGCUUAAAUUUAUCUCGGUUCACUAAAACGUACCCCUUAUUUGGCGGUCGCCGCGCCACACGCACGGCGUUUAGAACUAAAAUACUCGCGCAAGCGUAGUUCGUUAGAAUGAAUCAAUUUAUGCCGUGAUGUGAAAUAGUUUUACGGUAUCGCGUUCCGAGUUUCGGAGCCAAAAAUCAAACUUAUUGCACAAUAGUUGAGCAUAUGAUCACACAUAAUACGCGGUAUGUGCAAAUUCACACACCGUCAUGCGGUGAACGUUGUCGUUGUUACGGUCUAGGCAGGCGCGUGCACUAUCAAGAUGUGUUUAGGUCUUCCUAUCGUGAUACUAAGAACCUGUUUGUAUUUUAUUUCAAUAAUAAAAAACCCGUUUUCCGUGAAACCGAUA